GCCAAUCGCAGCGCGUCGCGCUAGCACAUGGAGUGAGCAGUGCGGGAGGAGGCGCGUGCGGCGCGGCGCGGCAAGGUUACGGGCAGCCGGGGCCGGCAUCGACUCCUCUCACUCUCUACCCCCCCUCCUCCUCCUCGCUCGCUCGCCAUGCCUUCCUCGCACCGAUCAAACGAACUCUCCUCGAGCCGCCUCUUGUCAUGGGCAACGUAGCGGCGGCUCAGCCGCCACCGCCGCCGCCGCCGAUGAUGUCCUCGCCGGGGUUCCCCAUGCCGCCGCCCGGGAUGCCGGGCCUCGUGGCCCCGCAGUUGCCUCCGCACGGGGCCUCAGGGACGACGACUGCCGGGGGAGCUGCGGGGUCGGGUGGGGAGGCCGCGCCGCGCUCCUCGCUGCCCAACCCGGGCACGUACGACGAGCUGCACCGCAAGUGCAAGGAGGUGUUCCCCGCACAGAUGGAGGGAGUGCGGCUCGUUAUCAACAAAGGUCUUAGCAACCACUUCCAGGUGAGUCAUACCGUGAACCUGAGCACCGUCGGCCCGUCUAACUACCACUUCGGCACGACCUACGUGGGCACGAAGCAGAUCAGCCCCACUGAGUGUUUUCCCGUCAUCAUUGGCGACGUGGACAACACGGGGAGCCUCAACGCCCAGAUCAUCCACCAGCUGACGCAGCGGCUACGAGGGAAGGUGGCCCUGCAGACCCAGCAGUCGAAGUUCAUGACCUGGCAGUUUGACGCGGAGUACCGGGGGGAAGACUACACGGCCACCGUGGCGCUGGGGAACCCGGACGUCAUCUCCGAGUCGAUGAUCAUGGUGGCGCACUACCUGCAGAGUGUGACGGAGCAGCUGACGCUGGGCGGGGAGCUGGUGUACCACAGGCGGCCUGGCGAGGAGGGCGCCGUCAGCACGGCAGUGGCGCGAUACACCGGCUCAAACUGGGUGGCGACGCUAAACGCCGGGCUUGCCAACAUCCACGCGAGCUACUACCAGAAGGCCAACGAACAGAUCCAGGUGGGCGUGGAGCUGGAGGCGAACAUGCGCAUGGAGGACACCGCGUGCACGUUCGGGUACCAGAUCGACCUUCCCAAGGCCAACAUGGUGUUCCGGGGAACGGUGGACAGCAACUGGACGGUGGGCGCCGUUCUCGAGAAGAAGUUGCCACCCCUCCCGCUCACGCUGGCACUCGCCGCCUUCAUCAACCACCGCAAGAACAAGUUCCAGUGCGGCUUCGGCCUGACCAUAGGCUGAUGACUUGUAAUUCCCAUCCCUACCGACCCCCCCCCCCCCACCAACUACCCAUCUCCUCCCGGUCCUCAAUCCCGUUGCGCAAAAAAAAUUAAAAAUCACGUUUCAUUUUUUGUGGGUGUAUUUUUGUUUUGUACGUUCAGUUACAAAACAAACCCCCCAGUUGGCCCGCGCUCGUGUUGACGUGUGGACGGAUGGUAAAACUCUGCGGCGAGACGCAAACUGCUGUGUACAGGAACGUGUUCGGCAUUAUGGAAAAAAAACCCAAUCGACGAUGAAAAUUAUGACGUUUCGUUUCUUAGACUUGCAGCCAUUUGAAGCGAAAACCAGUCUGCAUGCGAUGUGAGAGCCAGCUGAUGUCAAGGGACGUUUCUGUAAUGUUUUUGCUUUUUCAUUAAAUCUGUCGGAAGUCGCUGGUUCGUUUUCCCCAUCUUCGCGGCACCGGUCUGUGCUCUUCCUGUUGUCGGCAUCGCCGUCCCGGCCCUCCGUCACCGCUGCUCAAAUAAUAACAAAAAUAAAGCAUGCAGUUGGUGUACAUUAUGUUCAUCAACGCAAACGUACAAAUAUGCUUAUUCUUUUCAGCUUUCUACUUUUUUCCUGUCGGUUAUUUGGCAAACAAUCUUCUCUCGUGUGGCAUUUGAAGAGCAUCGGACUGAGUUUUACAUCUGUUCGUUGAGUUGGUAAAGCCAUUCGGUGGGGUCUAAAGUCGCCAGGUAACGUUUGUACCUCUGGAAAAAAAGCGCUAAACUGGGAACCAAUCGGGCACGUGAGCGACGGACUGUACUUCACCGCAGUUAUUGGGCGACUUUUAAAUUCUGCAGCCAUCAAAUGUGUAAAGUUGUUACAUUAGUUUUGUGAGGAUUGCGCACUUUUUAAAGGGGAGCAUGCGAUGUGUAUCACCAUCCAGGUCUUUUGCAACCGAUUCUUUGAACUGGUAUCAUCCCAACUUAAUUCCCACCACGCAGUUCUGCUUUGUUCCAUCCUGUUCCAUCCUGUUCCAUCCUGUUCCAUCCUGUUCCAUCCUGUUCCAUCUUACUUGCCAAUCCCCACCGACCUCCAGGAAUUGACAGCUGCAGACAGGCUGAGGCUGUCCCUCCGUCCGUCAGUUUUAAACGAACGUUUAUGCUGCCUUGCAGCACUUUCGAAACACAUUUGUAACUGCAGUGUAACGGUGGUUUAAUAUAUUAGGUCGGUGUGUGUAUCAAAGCGCUUAUGUUUACCGAUGAAUGUGCUAAUUACGCCGUAACAAGAUAAUGCUUGGAAAAAUUCUGGGGGGGGGGAAAUUUUAAUCUUCUCGGUUUUUUGCAAAGCAAAUUGUUUCCAACGUGUUACAAACAUUGACGGUCUACGCUUAGAAUUGUCAUUGGUAUUUUUUUUAAUACAGCAAAUUCUAAAGAAAGGUUGUUACCAAGUGUCUUAGAAGGUUUUUUCACCCCCUUCAUUUCAGCACGUCGUACGGAUGGUCCACGAAAGCGCUCGCGUUUGCGCGGAACUGCCGUGGUUUAUUUAUCGUUUUUUCCGCUCCCUCCCCUCCCCCAUUUCACCUCGUCACAUGUGACGGACGCGUGCGCGCCGAGGGGUGGUCAUCCUGUGCCUCGCCGGCUGGAAACCCUGCCGCCGAUCGUAAUGUUCAGCGUUCAGGAGAGAAACGCCGGUGUGGCGUUUUUUUCCCCCCUCUUCGAGGUUUUGUCCUCUCAUCAUCAUCAUCUUCUUCUGUUCUCUUCAGUCUCCAGCCGUCACUUCCCCCGUGAAGCGUCUCCGCCCGCACCUUGCCCCACACACCAUUGUGUUCUCGCCGUGGGUCCUGGGCCUCCUCGCUGCUGCUGCUGCACUCCCCUUUGAACCUCUUUACAAACUGUUUCCAAGACUGCUCGGAUGCGCAUGCCCACGGCUAUUUGUACGGCAUCUUGAGUCCUGGUCGCAUUUUAGAUUGAACAAUCCAGGUUGCGUUCCGUGCUUGAUUCGUGGCUGAAUGUGGUGGGGCAUCUCGCCCACCAUGAAAGAUAAAACGAGACUGAUCUCAUCACACCAAGCUCUUAACUCACCUGGGCAUCUAUUUCCUAAGCUGGAUGGAAUAUCAUUGAGUCCAUACACUUGCAACUAAACAUUGUGCAUGUUUAUUUGUUUUUUUAUUUGCAAUAAAAGAAUUACCUGGAAUAA